AUGGCUCCCUCCUCCAAAACAAUUUCUCUCUCAAAGCCUCUCACGACACAACAACUCCACCGAGAACAAAUUAAACAGGCUCUUCAAGGAGCUACGGAAGAGGAGAAGAAAAAUUUGUUUCAAAAAAAGAAGGAUCAUAUUUCCAAGUACCAUACAGAGGUUUUGGACAGAAUCAAACCAUUCAAAAGACCUUUUAAUCAAAAAGUACAAGUACCUUUGGUUCCGAAGAAGGAUGACUUGGAAAAAUUGCAAGAUGAAGAAUUGGAUUUUGAUCAAGUGAUGAGAGAUUACAUUUUAAGUGAAUGCACUUUUGAUGAGGAAAACAAGGCUGGAUUCUUUCUUGACGAUGCUGAUCCAGACUAUAAAAGAGCUGUCACUGGAAUUGAAAAUGUAGAAGUGGAUCCAUCCUAUGACUAUGACCAAGAACCAAUUGAAGAAGAAGUAUAUUCUGCAAAACCGCUCUCAAAAUUACAAGCUAUCAAAGCAUUUACUGGAAAGGAUGAAAAAUUAUUUGCCAAACAAUUUAAAUUCGUGUCUACUGGAUACUACAAGACUGCUAUUGCUGAGGCCAUGAGUGCAUCCAAGGUCAGCCACAUUCAAUUGGAAAAGAGUGAAGUCAUGGAAACUAUCAAACAACUCAAAUCCUACGACCAAGCAAUCACACAACCAGGAGAAGGUCUUUUAUUCUCUGAACAAGAUCCUAGUCUUGUAUUCUUUAUUUCUGUCUACUUGAAGAAUCCAUAUUUACAUUCCAUCUCGGCACCUGUUGACGUGCCAUUGUUAAAACCCAUUCUAAGUUUUUCAAAGGAACAACUUCCAUUCUCAUCUCUCCAAAUGUUACUUCUCGUUCAAGACGACCAAUAUGAUUCCUACACUCAAGCUUUGAAGGACUGUGACUUUAUUAGAAAAUUGAAAAUUAUGAAACUCUCAGACUUGAUGAUUGAAAUUGGAACGACCUAUCUCAAAGGAAAUACAUUUGAAAAUACCAGAUAUAGCAGAUUCAACGAAAAGAAGCAUUUCUUGAACCAAUACGAUUUACUAUUUUGUGAUGCUACUCUUUCGAGAAGAGUUUCCGCUCUUUUCAACUCUUAUAAAAAGAGAAAGCAAGGAGUGAGACCAGUUACACUUGACAAUGUUUUGGAUUGGAUCAACAAUGACCUCACUCACUCCAAAGCAUUUGUAGUGCAGGGUAACUCACACUUUACCAUCCGAAUUGCUCGUACUGAAUGGAAUGAUAAGGAUAUUUUUGCAAACAUUUCACACGUUUUGGAGAAUAAGACUAGUAAUGCAGAAGUUAAGAACGCAUUUGCUCAAUUGGUUCAAAGUGACAUUAGAAUGGUCAUGUUACACACGAAUCGUUCUGUUUAUGUGAAAAUUUAUGAAAAUGUUGAUGUUGAUAUAGACAAGGUCAAGACAUUCAAAGCUGAAAAGCAAUGGAGAAAUCGAGGAAAGAAGGCAGACGAGGCACCAAUGACAGCAGCAGCAACACAAAAGCACUCUAUUGGUAAUUCUUCGCAACAGGUUACCACUACACCAAAGAAAUCAACGGUUGAAUCAACUCCAAAGAAACAGACAAGUUCAGAGAGUGCCGCAAAGAAUAGUACCGAAGAAGCAACUGUCACAACAACUCCAAAGAAGAAGAAGGAGAAUGACCAACCAACUUCAACUAAAAAACAUGUCAAUUUAAGGAACGACCAACAAGCUACAACAUCCACAGCGAGCACCCCAAAGAAAACAGAUCCAAACACGACCACAGCUACACCAAGGAAGCAGCAAGCGAAUACAGAGGCUGAAUCAGCCCAAGUUCCAUCAUCUGCUAAAAAGAAAAUUGCUGCUUCUGGACAAAAUACACCAAGGAAGCAAGAAAUAUCUCAAGCAGCAACUCCAAAGCGGUCCAUUAGCGACUUGAAGUCCAAACUCAAUAGCUUACAACCAAAGAAGUCGGAAUAA